CUCCAGACAAUUGUCAACUUCGCGGAGUUGUUCGUAGAGUUGCAGAGCAACGACAAGUUAAGAACAGAGGAAGAGUUUGAGCAGCAAGUUGUUUCUGUUUGAGCAUUGAAGCGAGUGAUGGACCUACUAUCCGAGUAUGAGAUGAUGAAGAACGCAGAUAAGCAUGAAACUCCAGAAGGAUCAGAGAGGAUUUUAGAUCCACGACCUAUAAGUGAGAUCCCAGUGCUGCGCUCAAAUCCAAAAAAGAGAGUAAAAAAGACUUCCAAAGUUCCACAGAAGCAUAAGAAGAUGAAACCAAAAGCAAUUCCAAAAAAGGAAAAGGCUAAUAUGGACUUAAUAAAACAAAUUGAAGCUGAGAUAAAGAUGAGUGAUGAAGAAACAAGGGUUGCAGAAGUAAGGAAGGAUAGCACUAAGAAGACUGAGCAUGUUGGAGAACAAUCUGAGAAACAAGGGAGGGAUACUGAGCACCAAGGGAAAGAAACUGAGCACCAAGAGAGGGAAACUGAGGAGCA